AUGACGGCGCUUAUGACUUUUCUUUCCGGACCGAUAAGUGCCGUGUCAUGUGGAUUGCUUGGCAAACAUGCACUAGCCACCGUAGGGUUGGCGAACUCAGUGUUCAACGUCACUUGUCUGGCUGUUGUAAUCGGUUUAUUGACGGCCGCUGAUACUUUGUUUUCUCAGACGUACGGAAGUAAUGAACAAAACAUGCUGCGCAUUCAGCUGCAGAGAGCCAUCGUCAUCAUCACCUUCUGCUGUAUCCCGUGCAUUUCACUGUAUUUGUUUGCGGAACCUGUGCUUCUACUGCUACAACAAAACCCACAAACAGCAAGGAAGCUAAUCAUUAAGCCAGAUAUCUCGAACGCUAUAGCGAGGGAUAACUUGAGCAAGGUAGCGGAGAAUACCAUGAAAACACCGGAUGACAGUCAUGGUAUAGAGGACAAGUACGCCCAGGACUGCAUAUGUUAUGUAUAG